UUUCGUCAUGCUGUUGUACGCCGCCCUUUUUGCCCUCAGAUAACUGAACUGCAGCAAACUCGCCGCUCGCAGCGCCGCCCAAACACACGCCUCUCUGCGAAAUGGAGCUCUCCGCGCCUCCCCGCAGCCUCCCUUCCCUCCUCCGCCGCCCCUUCGUCCCCACCAUCUCCCCUCUCCUUCUCGUUUCGUCUCGCCGGCUCCCCAACAAGUCUCUCCUCGCCUCCCGCUCCCCCAAAUCGGUUCCUGGGUUGAAUCGCUCCAUUGGUCGCCCGCUGCGGGCCACAGCCUCGGGCGAGGAGGCCUCCACGACCGUCGUAGCCGAUUAUGACACACCGAAGCGGGUCGUAGGACCUUCCGUUUUGGUGAAUUCGUCUUCUGCUGAGGAAGACGUCCCCGAUGAAGGUGGCGAACAAAUUUCUGAGGCUUCGGAUGAUCUGUUACCUAAGCUCAAUCUCAAGGUGCUAUCUUCGCCGUCAGCCUCCGACGAGGAGACCUCCACGACCGUCGUCGCCGGUGAUGACACACCGAAGCCGGUCGUAGGACCUUCCUUUUUAAUGAAUUCGUCUUCUGCUGAGGAAGACGUCCCCGAUGAAGGUGGCGAACAAAUUUCUGAGGUUGCGGAUGAUCUGUUAUCCAAGCUCAAUCUCAAGGUGCUAUCUUCACCGUCAGCCUCGGACGAGGAGACCUCCACGACCGUCGUAGCCGAUGAUGACACACCGAAGCCGGUCAUAGGACCUUCCUUUUCAAUGAAUUCGUCUUCUGCUGAGGAAGACGUCCCCGAUGAAGGUGGCGAACAAAUUUCUGAGGUUGCGGAUGAUCUGUUAUCUAAGCUCAAUCUCAAGAUGGACCUCGAAGACACUUAUACGAUCCUAUUUUAUGGAGCUGGUACUCUUGUCACAUUGUUGAUUCUAUCAGCUAUUAUUUCCUCCAUUGAUUCCGUCCCUUUGUUUUCCAAAGCGAUGGAAGUUUUUGGCCUUGGGUUCACAGUCUGGUUCAGCUUUCGGUAUCUGAUCUAUAAGGAAAAUAGGGAUGAGUUAGUCUCAAAACUUGAUGAUCUCAAGCAGAAGAUAGUAGGGCCGAGUGAUAACUGAGUACUUGGGGUAGUCGACGCCGAAUGCAAGAUCAGCAUAGUGUGGAGUCAGGUAUACCUAAAUAGUUUAGUGACAUGUUUUGCAGUGGUUUAGCGAAGUGGAUAUAUCCAUAUUUCUCUCUCUUCGUGAUGAGCCUUUUAAACUCUGAAUGUGGCAAUGGUGGCGUGAAUCAGACGGUCUGUAAUAUCUAAUUUGGAGAUGUUUGACCGGAAACUAUUUGGCAACCACUUGACUAGAAUUUGUUAUUAUGAUAUCUCAUGCUGUGAUUAA